AGCCCCAGGGUCCCUCACUUCCCCCCUCCUCACAUGUGGCAGUUCUUGUUUUGCAGGUGCAGCCGGGUGUGUAGCAACGUUGCUCCAUGAUGCAGCCAUGAACCCUGCUGAAGUGGUCAAACAGAGGAUGCAGAUGUACAACUCGCCUUACCAGCGUGUGACGGACUGUGUACGGGCUGUGUGGCGCAACGAAGGGGCCGGAGCUUUCUACCGCAGCUACACCACCCAGCUCACCAUGAACAUCCCCUUCCAAGCCAUUCACUUCAUGACUUACGAGUUCUUGCAAGAGCAGCUCAACCCCCACAGACAGUAUAACCCAGGCUCCCAUGUGGUCUCCGGAGCCUGCGCGGGGGCUGUCGCUGCUGCUGCCACUACGCCUUUGGACGUUUGCAAAACACUGCUCAACACCCAGGAGUCCCUGGCCUUGAGCUCCAACAUCAGCGGACACAUCACAGGCAUGGCCAAUGCCUUCAGGACGGUGUACCAAGUGGGUGGUGUGACCGCCUAUUUCAGAGGGGUCCAGGCAAGAGUCAUUUAUCAGAUGCCUUCAACGGCGAUUGCCUGGUCUGUGUAUGAGUUCUUCAAAUACAUCCUCACCAAGCGCCAGGAGGAGCGGCGGGCUGGGAAGUGAGCCAGAGCCGGACGCCCUUCCAGACCUACUUCACCUCCCCUCCUGGUUUGUCAUCUGAUCCCUCUCCCUUUCGGUUUGGUUUGUGUUCAGAAGAGGGGGCAGCGAAGCCCUUUGGGGCUUAGUGAUACCAUUUCUUGGGUGUGGUUGCUGCAGCUCUGCUCAGGCUGCACAGCUUGCUCUUUCCCAAGGGCCUCCGAGAUGUCCCGCUGGGAGCUGCAGCCCCAGUCAUGUCCCGUGGCACUUCAGUGGAGCAGUGCUCCUGUCCUUCCCUUAACUGAAACCUCUCACACAAAGCUCACCCCUCCUUGGAGGGGAAGGUGAAUAUCCUGCCCUGCCGCUGGCAGGGCCAAGCUGAGCUCGCAGUUGCCAAGGAGGGGGCAGUGGCACUGCCCGGGCUGUUCGGGGCUUUGUCUGGCUUUUGGCUGAAACAAAGUGUAAGCCUUGCCGUUGUCUUGUAAGCACGCACACGUGAUGCUGACUGCCCCGGUGGUGGUGGGGAGGGAGGAUGGCACUUGAGGAUGGGAGCCUGUAGGUUUGUUGUUCCUGCUCUUGACACCUCCAAUAAAAACAGUUCUGCUC